AUGGCUUUGGCUGUCGCUUUUGUCACCGGUUCCGACCAAGGACUGGGCUUCGGGCUGGUGAAGCAGUUUGUGGCCCAUCUAAACUCCUACUCGCAGCUUGUCAUGGCGGCGGUCCGUAAUCCCACACACCCAUUCGCCCAGGAUCUAUCACAACUAACUACGGCGGAGAGCAACAGCAUUAUUGUCGUCGAGCACGGCGCCAGUAUUGAGCAGUCCGUCUUUGAUGCUGUCAACAAGGUCACCAACAGGAGCAUAGAGCAUAUCGACUACGUCGUUGCCAAUGCAGAUAUCACCAAAAGGCGGUAUGGUUGCUAUGAUUACCAAGGGAAAGUUGUCCACUACACUGGUGAUGUAUGGGCCCAGUAUUUCAUAGUGCCUACCUGGGAGCUACGGAGUAGGUACCAGGACGAAGUAUAUCUAGUUGGCUGCUCGUAUUAUCCAAGUAGCGAGACAUACAAACCAUCAAGUAAUGCCAACCGUAAAGCCGAAGCCGAAGCUGGCCGGAAGACUCUCCGCCGCGGCGCCGAUUACGUUACGUCGCCUAGCAGCCCUAUCAAUUCUCUCGCCACCCAAUUGACCAGUCUACAGGCAAUCAUCUUACCCCACCUCCACUACCCCGCGAUCAACACAAUGGCACCCACCAUCCGGGUCAUCGGCUCCCUCAACGUCGACAUGGUGUCGGUGACACCACGGUUCCCCGAACCCGGCGAGACCAUCACCUCCUCGUCGUACUUCAUCAGCGCCGGCGGCAAGGGCGCCAACCAAGCGGUGGCCUGCGGGCGACUCUCGCGGCCACAAUCCGGUACCGCGCCGACCAGCCCAGUCACAGUAGAGAUGGUCGGGGCAGUUGGCGGACGCGACGGACACUUUGACGCACUCCUGAAGCCCACGCUGGAACAGUCGGGCGUCGGCACGGCGCGCGUGCGGAUCGUCCCGGACGCAUACACAGGAGUGGCAGUGAUCGUGGUGGACUCAUCGGCAGGCGGGGAGAACCGCAUCCUGUUCUCGCCGGGCGCCAACUACCAGGGGAUGCAGGAGACGGCAGACGUCGUAGGGAUGGGGCUGGCGGCGCCGGUGCCGGACGUGAUCGUCAUGCAGGGCGAGAUCCCGACAGACACGACGGUGGCUAUUCUGCGCGAGCUGGCGGCGUGGAAGGCGAAGAACCGGGCGGCGGGCGUGCGCGGCAUCGAGGCCGGCCCGGACGUCAUGCUCAACCCGGCGCCGGCGCCGCCGGGCGGGCUCCCGGCCGACGUGUAUGCGGCUGUCGACCAUCUCAUCAUGAACGAGACCGAGGCGGAGCUGAUGACGCCGCCGCCGGAGCUGCUGCUGCAGACGGUGCCGGAGGCGCAGGGGCAGACGGGGCAUGAGGCCGUCGCGCGGUACUUCCACCGACUGGGGGUGACGUAUGUGCUCAUCACGCUGGGAUCCAAGGGUGUCUGGUAUAGCGCGACGGAUGCGGGCUCGUCGGGCCCAGCGGACGGGGUGCACCGGUUCACGAAUCAGAACCCCGCCGCGCCGGUCAGCCGGGUGCUGGACACCACGGCGGCGGGCGAUACGUUCGUGGGCGGGUAUGCGGUGGAAGUGGCCCGGUGGCGCGAGCGUCGGCGGAAGGACGGCCUGGCUGGACGCGAUGUGACGACAGAGGAGAAGGCAGAUCGGUACCAGCGGGUGAUGGAUGCAGCGAUGGGAUUGGCGGCGCGGGCGGCGGCACGGUGUGUCGAGCGACAGGGGGCGAUGGACAGCAUUCCGUGGGAGGAUGAGAUCUGA